GGUUUCAAAAAAGACAGACCCAGAAAAGCUCCUCAGCCAUGGGAAUUCAAUGCACGGACCAGUUCCUGCGCCCAAGCCCUGGAGAGGUCGAGAGGUUUACCUCGGAGGCCCGGCGGCAGCUGCGCUGCCAGAGGCUCAAGGAGGUGCGGCGGCGCGAGGAGGCGAAAGCUCAGACGCAGCGGAGGAGCUUUCAACAGCAGCAGCGGGAGGCGGAGAAGGCCUUUCGCACAGUGGAGGUCCGCACGCAGCUGGCGGCCAAGCGGCAGCAGCUGGAGGGGCUUCUGGCGCUGAAGGAGGCCUGCGGCGCCAUGCACGGCGACGCCAUGCGCCAAGCCAAGGCGCAGCAGGCGGCAGCAGCGGCACAGAGGGCCUGUGAGGAGGCAUCGGAAGCCUUGCGCCAGGAGCAGGAGGCGCAGAGGUGCCUGCAGGCCUUGCGCCAGGAGAGGCAGAAGCAUCAGCGCCCGGCGAAUGGCGAGCUCCAGCGGCGCAAGGCCGAGGUGGCGCAGGCGGAGCGCCUGCGCGCGGCCAAGGCCGCGGAGUUGGGGCGGGUGCUGCGGGCGGCCAAGGCGCUGGUGGCCGAGGGCGAGGGAGCGGCCGGCGCCUUCGAGCCGGCCGCGGCUCGGGUGUGGAGCACCGACACCUCCGGGCUGCAGCAGCUCCGGGCCGCCGGCGUCAAGGUGGACUUGUCCGCCGUGGUGGAGGCCGACUUGGAGAGGCCCCGCGCCAAUCCCCCGCGCCCCUCCCCGCAGCAGCAGCAGGGCGCAAGGAGCCGUGGUGCCUCGGCCCGGAAAGCGGCACUACAGCGCAAGAAAGAGGAAGAGGAGCUCCGAGCAAAGGCAGAGGCAGAGAAGAAGGAGCGGCGCCGCAAGGCGCGCCUCGUCGCGCGCCCGCCGAAGCGCAUAGCAGUGACCUGCAAGGUGGCGCAACCACACUUCGUGCCCGCAAAUGCCGAGGUGGCGCAACCGCACUUCGUGCCCGCAAAUGUGGAGGUGGCGCAUCCAGAUGUCGUGCCCGCAAAUGCGGAGGUAACCUGGGCAGAUGCGGUCGAAGAAGCCGAGGUCUCGGAUCGACGGGAGGAGGACCUCGAGCUAGAGAGCGAGCUAGAGAGCGAGCUCGAGAGCGACAGCGCAGCGGAGACUGAGGAGGAGCUGGCGCAGGAGACCAGGUGGACGCAUGUCGAAGCUUGGGGCGUGCUGGACGGCACGGCUUCCUCCAGCUCCACGGCGUCGGGGCGAGAGCUGGAGAACGCCGAGAGUGAGGAGCUCGAAAGCGACGAGAGGAAGCCUUGGCCAAAGGAGCCGGAGAAGGUUCAACCAACCUGGAGAAGGCCGGCUCCGGCUCCAACUCCGACUCCCGCGAGGCCCAUCAGACGAGUGGGUGAGGAGGACUUGGCCGCCAGGUUGGAGGAGAUCUGCCGCGAGAUGGAUGCAGUGGGCUUCUAUGCAGAGGCAGAGAUCUAGCGGGGCUCGCUGACGGGGCCAGUUCAGCAUGGGCAG